CCGCUCGCCGUCGCCGUCACCGGCGCCUACACGGAGUACUCGUGCAAUGGCACCUUCGGCAACUACACGGCGGGCAGCGGCUUCGGGCGCAACCUGGAGGUUCUUGCCGUGGAGCUCCCCGCCAGCGCGUCGUCGUCCCGGUCGCUGUUCGCGUCGGCGGCCGUCGGCGCCACGCCGGACAGGGUGUUCGGGCUGGCGCUCUGCCGCGGCGACAUGAGGGACGCCGGCGCGUGCUCUGCCUGCGUCUCCGGCGCGUUCCAGCGGCUGCGCGCGCUCUGCGGCUGGGACAGGGACGCGACCUACUACCACGACCUCUGCGUCCUCCGCUACUCCGGCGACGACUUCCUGUCGCGCCCCGACGACAACUCGCCGGUGAUCAACGCCCUGGACGUGAACGCGUCGACCUACUUCGGGUGGGACGGCCGGAACGCGACGACGCGGAGCUUCUUCCUCUCGCUGGUGGGCACCCUCUUCGGCGAGAUGGCCAUGUACGGCUCCUACAACUCCUCCGUGCGCCGCUACGCCAGCGCCGUCAUGUUCGUCAACCCGCAGCUGCCGACGGUGUACGGCCUGGCGCAGUGCACGCCGGACCUCUCGCCGGCGCAGUGCUGGCACUGCUUCCAGGGCCUCCAGGAGCAGAACCGGCAGUGGUAUGACGGCCGGCAGGGCGGCCGCAUCCUCGGCGUCCGGUGCAACUUCCGGUACGAGAGCUACCAGUUCUACGCCGGCACGCCGGACGUCAGGAUUGGGCUGCAAGACGCCGCACCCUCACCAACCGGAAGCAAUGGAACCAACCAUAGGAAGACCUUAAUUAUCGUUCUGUGCGUGUCAAUCACGGUGUUCUGUCUUAUGCUGGCCGGCUGCUUUAUACUGACGAAAAGACUGAGAAAAGGAGAUGGGAAGACGAACCGGCAGCUGGAAGCACAUUCCAGGAACAGCUCCAAGACAGAGGAGGCACUGAAGCUCUGGAGGAUCGAGGAGAGCAGCACCGAUUUCACGCUCUACGCCUUCUACGACCUGGCCGCUGCCACUGACAACUUCUCUGAAGAUCACAGGCUCGGCAGGGGUGGAUUUGGACCUGUCUACAAGGGUGAGUUGUCUGAUGGGUCUGAGAUAGCCGUGAAGAGGCUGGCGGCGCAGUCGGGGCAGGGCCUGAAGGAGUUCAAGAACGAGAUCCAGCUCAUCGCGAAGCUGCAGCACACCAACCUCGUGAGGCUCGUGGGAUGCUGCGUCCAGGAGGAGGAGAAGAUGCUGGUCUACGAGUACAUGCCCAACAGAAGCCUCGACUUCUUCAUUUUCGACCAGGAGCAAGGGCCGCGGCUGGACUGGAAGAAGCGGCUGCACAUCAUCGAGGGCGUGGCGCAGGGGCUGCUCUACCUGCACAAGCACUCCCGCGUGCGCAUCAUCCACCGCGACCUCAAGGCCAGCAACAUACUGCUGGACAGGGACCUCAACCCCAAGAUCUCCGACUUCGGCAUGGCCAGGAUCUUCGUCUCCAACAUGACCGAGGCCAACACCAACAGAGUCGUCGGCACCUAUGGAUACAUGGCUCCAGAGUACGCGUCGGAGGGCAUCUUCUCGGUCAAGUCCGACGUGUUCAGCUUCGGCGUGCUGCUGCUCGAGAUCGUCAGCGGCAAGAGGAACAGCGGCCACCAGCACUACGGCGAAUUCGUCAACCUCCUCGGAUUCGCGUGGCAGCUGUGGAGAGAAGGGAGAGAGUGCGAGCUGAUCGACCCGACGCUGGGCGAAAGCAACGGUGCGGCGGCGGGUGCGGCGGCGGCGACGGCGGCGAUCGCGCGGUGCGUGAAGGUGGCGCUGCUGUGCGUGCAGGACAACGCCACGGACCGGCCGGCGAUGACGGACGUGGCGGCGAUGCUGGGCAGCGACGGCGUCCCGCUGCCGGACCCGCUGCCGCCGCCGCACUACCAGCUGAGGGUCUCCAGCGACUACGGCGCCGACGACGUCGCCGGCGACGGCGACCGGCGGUCGCGGUGGCGGUUCACCGACUCGUGCAGCACCAACAACGACGUCACCAUCACCACCAUCGAGGAAGGCAGAUAGCGAGACAUAACACACAUCCGUCGACCAUUACACGUUCUCUCCCCCCUCCCUUCACAUUGGGCCGUCCUUUUCGUGACCGAUCACACACAAACACAAACACUAUUCCGUGUGUGAAUGUGCACACGGAUUUCUGCCCUCCACAUGGACACGGGGCAUACACAUCGAUCUACAGUUCGUUGCAUGGUUGCAUCACUGUAUGUACGGUAUGGAUGCUACGUUGUUGUUCGUACAGAGAAACGCAGUAAUGGGUACCACUGGAGCCAAAGAGCUUGUUGCUGUACUAUCAUGCAAGGGAGAGUACAGUGUUAUUGAUGAACGAAAAAAGCGUCAUCUAAAAAGGAGGAGUGAUUGUUGGUUUUUUUAUGAACAU